AUGUCGCUCGCCGCUCUCGAUGGCCUCAAGGCUGCAAUCGAGCGCAUCAUCCUCGACCCCAAGUACCAUGACAUCCUUGCCGUCGUCAAAGGCGCCCGCAAUGGAGCAGUCUACGGUGCAAAAGUCCGCUUCCCUCAUGCGCUUGUCAUGAUCUUCCUCUUCCGCUCGGGAACAUUCCGCCAGAAGGCCGGUCUCGUCUUUCGUGCGACCCGAACCCACGCCCGUAACCUCGCAAAGUUCGCGACGAUAUACAAAUUCACAAUGUACCUCCUCAAGAACUACGGUCCCACGCCAGGUAAGGAAGGACCCUAUGACUCCUUUUUCGCUGGGCUAUUGGGCGGCUACAUCGUCUUCGGUGGCCGCUCCUCGAGAAGCGGCAAGAUCUCCAGUGUCAACCAGCAGAUCGUUGUCUACGUCUUUGCGCGCGUCGUUCUGGCCCUCGCCCGCCUCGCCGUCACCCCUGGCAAGGGUUUACCCCUCGUCAGCCGCGAGGACCUCUCGACUAAGAUCAGCUACUAUGCCUGGCCCGUCUUCGCCAGUACGAGCUGGGCUAUGGUCAUGUACCUCUUCCGCCAUCACCCGUCCGAUCUGCAACCCAGCUUGCGUAGCAGUAUGACGUACAUUUACCAGCAGAGCAGUGAGUGGGACUCGUUGCGCAACUUCAUCUGGCAUAACAAAUAG